AUGAGCAAUAAUUCAAAUAUCACCCCAGCCCCGGAUGUGUUCAACAAAUCAUCACUAAUCGUACGAACCCCUAAAAAGGGUGAUAAAGACAAAUCAUUGACCAAGGCCAAUAGAAGGCCAAAACAAAGCAACCCCAUAAAAUUUGACCCAACUCAUCAAGAGCCAAUAACAAACAAUAUGGACAAAACUGCUGUAAAUUCGAGUGACACUACAGGCACGAAGAGCAUUUCACCUACAAUUGCAGCCGCAAUUCAUAAACUCUUCCCACAAACCCACACUGACAACGCCAAUGCAGAAAACACAAACUCAACAAUAAUUCAAAGUAACGAUGAGAUAAACCGCCUACAAAAAGAAAACUACAGACUAACUGCCACAGUAGGCAGCCCUACUAACCAGCUUGAAAGGCAAACCGAACUUUUAAUGAAAAGCGCGGAACAAAUAACCUCCUUACAAAGCCAAAUCACCAAGCUCACGGCAACAAUUGAGGAAAUGCAAGCUGACCUACAUACCAUGAAUGGCAACAACAAGAAGAGAAGGAGAAAAAACAGCGGAAACCUGCAAACCCAAACUCCGGAUGACACGCAAACAACUGGUAUUAAUCCAAUGACACAAAAUAAUGAGGCACUCAAUCCAGCAGGCCUGCAAGAAACGGAAGACUUGGAAGAAUUAGAACUUGCAGCACCAUCACUUACAGGUCCAGCCACGACAAAUAUCACCCCCUCUCAAGUAGCCCCAGGCACAACCCAAGGUAAUGAGGCACAAAAUGAUACCGAUAAUCAAGCAGUGAAAAAUCAAGGUGAAUCAGACCAUUAUCCCCCGCUACCUCCGGCCCCACCCAUGGUAAACUCAACAGAUCGCCAAUCGUUCCCAUCUUCAUCUUCGGCUUCAGUUCAGUAUGUACCUCCUUCUCCCCCACCAUCCACGGUAACACAACCUGAAAAAACCCCACAAAUUAAAACUCCCAAGAUACCGCCAAUAAUACUACGAAAGAAGGCAAGAUGGACCAUGGUUUCGGCAAUUCUAGACCAACAAGGACUCAAAUUCUCAAAAGCCAUAAAUACUUCGGACGGUAUAAAAUUCUUUCCCUCAAGCGAAGACGAUUACAGAAAAAUUACAAAAUUCUUUGACACAAACAAAGAAGAAUACCACACUUUUAUGUUACCCGAUGAAAAACUCUUGCAGACAGUAAUCAGAGGUCUUCCAUUAGAACUGAAGAUCCAAGACGUCAAAAAAGACCUUGAAGAUCAUGGCUAUAAUCCCAUUACUGUGGCAAGAAUGAAGAGAGGUAAAAUUAAGUCGAAAUGCCGUUAG